UGAUACUCAUACUCAUGAGAAGCAAAUGGAGCGCUGUGCCAAUAUGGUGAAAACGGCCUUCACCCGGAGGUCGCCAAAGUGGUUCCUCUUGCAGCUUUUGAAGACCGCGGGCUGUCCUCCGGCCCACAAUCUCUCUCUUCGACCCACAAUCUCUCUUCGACCCACAAUCUCUCCAGUCUCCACAAUCUCUCCAGUCUCCACAGUCGCCCCGCACAGCGAUCAUGUUGCGCGCCAGGUUGACGUCGCGAUUCCACACGGUAUGGCAGCUGUGAUUCUUGGGUCAUUCGGUUUGCAUCCCUGCUCCGGCGGCGACUUGUGGUCCUGGACGCACUGAAGAUGGAGGCCGUCUCUCCUGGGCUGUGGAUGAUCGCACAGUAUCGCAAGGCAGCGAUCCAAUGGCCUGCCCGUCCCAUUGUGGGGGCAGCCAAAGCGCAAGCACAAGCCGCCCGCAUUGUCUGGGUGGCUUUGCCUGCAUCUUGUCGGAUCACCCCGGUCUGCAUCUUGCCGGAUCAUCUUGGGCUGCGUUGCUGUCGUCCACACCUCGUCCGUCUGCCUGGGAACCCAACACAUCCCGCUGCCCCGGCUGCCUGUCGACCGAUCCGUUCGCCCGCAAGCAUCCAACCCUUGUGUGCCUCUUCCUCCAGUGGCCCGCCCUUGGAGCAUCAAUCCGCAAACCCAUGUCCGAGCGCGCUGAUGCCAAACCCCCGCCUCCUGGUCUUGCCCAGGCGAGCUCACAAGCCCCGCAGCCCUCCGUCUUGAGCAGUUCACCAAGGCGAAGAUCGGUUCCUCGGAAUACCUUCAAUGGCCUGUCCAGUGACCCGACUCCGUCGGCUAUCCAGCUUGUCGGCUCGGCGACCGUCCCGGGCAGUCCUGCGAGCGUCCCACCCGUUCGAGAGCGUCGGUCCUUUUCGCAUUCUCCUGCCGACCGUGCUGCGGCUGAUGGAUAUCUGCAGCAUGGCCACGAAGACCAUGUGCAUGAUCACAUCCAUCACCAUCAACACCAUCAUCACCAUCAUCACCGGCACCACACGCCGUCUCCCGCCCCGCAUCCGCAUCCGCACACCCAUGCAGCGAGCGCAUCGAUUGACAGCCUUGUCUCUGGAAACCGCAGCCGUGCGCAAUCUGUCAUUUCCAAGCUUGGCUCCCGGCUUAGUCUGCGUCACCCGAGAGAGAUCCUGGCCUCAGCCGAUACGGUUGUGCGCUUACGGAACGGCUCUGUCCUGAGUCGCGGCACGCUGUUGAAGAGCGACCACUUCGAUACAGGCUUCCAUACCCGCAUCGACUUCUACCUCCACGGAGCCCCCAACUUCCGCAUGGCCGACAUGAACAUCUUUGGUGUGGCUCAACCCAAGAUCUCGGGCAUCUCUACGGUCCUGCGUCUGUUGAGCUGCUACCCCGGAACGCCCGAGUCCACCCCUUGCAUCUGGUUCUCGACCCGAGAGGAGCCCAUGAUCUAUAUCAAUCAGAGCCCCUUUGUCCUGCGGGAGUGUGAUAAUCCGAUGCGUAACGUGCGCACUUACCAGGGUAUCAGCGCCAGCCGGCUUGAGAAUAUGGAAGAGCGUCUCAAGGAAGAUAUUCUCGCCGAAGCGGCUCGCUCAAACGGUCUCAUUCUCGUCCACGACGAAAUCCACACGGGCAAGAUUGUUCCCACCUGGAUGUCGGUGGAUUCCGUACAAACGCUCAGGGAAGUCUUCCAGUCGUUUGUAGCCGAAGGCUACCCCGUCAAGUUCUUGCGCAUCCCCGUAAGCUCUGACCAGGCUCCCGAGGACCAGUAUAUUGACGAAUACGUCAAUGUCAUCAAGAGCGCCAGCAUCAACGACUCGUUGGUCUUCAACUGCGGCAUGGGUGUUGGUCGAACAACGUUUGCCAUGGUUGUCGCAAUGCUGAUCCGACGAGCUCAAAUCAUGGCCAAGGGCCUGGAUGAUCCUGUACCUAUCAAUUACUUCCACUUGAACGAAGGCUCGCAGUCCGAGCUGUGGAACAUGGAGGAAAACGAGGUGCAGAACCGCGCUUUGCUGAAGCUGGUUCAGGUUCUGGAGAUCAGUCUUGGCGGGAAGGUUAAAAAUCGGUCUGCUAUCGAGUGGGCUCUUGCUCGCGGCCCGCUGAUCGAUGAUCUCAAGAACGCCAUCAUGGGCAAUUAUCAGUGCAUUCUACAGCUCUGCAGUGUGCUCCAGGACGGAAAUGACAGCAAGAAGCUCCUGGAUGCCAUUAUCGACAGAUGCGACAUCAUGAUCAACUUACGCGAGGCGAUAUUGAUGCAUCGCAUUCGAUACUCCAAUAUCGGCGACGAGGUCUCGCUCGAGAAAUCGCUGGGAUGCCUCGAAAAGUACUUCUUCCUGCUCGCGUUCUGCUCGUAUGUCAAUGAGUCUUGCUCCGGCGAGCUGAGCUCCUUCGGCAGCUGGCUUAAGGAUCGACCAGAAAUAUGGCGGAUGCUCCAGAAUAUCCGCCACCGCGGGCCUCGGCUCUACCUCUUCCGCCCUGUCGAAGAUCUGUCCGUCUUUGCCGAGGAAAAGGACACGCUCAUGGGAUGGGGCCAGGGUCCUGCGCGCAAGAACAUAAACGAACUCGAAACCUACGUCAUCAAGUCGCGCCAAGGCAUCGUCUUGGUGCCGCAUACCAUUCUCAAGGUCGACUUUUGGUCGGCCAAGGCGUCUCUGCAAGUCGAAAUUGAGGGGGCGUCCAAUUUCAGAAAAAUACCAGGAUUGAGUAUCUAUGGCGUUGCCCAGCCCACCCUCAAAGGAAUCCGGAACGUAAUCAACGAACUAACCAAGGAGCAUCCACCCGACACCGUGGUCUACUGGAUCAAUCUCCGAGAGGAGCCGCUGAUAUACAUCAACGGCACGCCCUAUGUGCUCCGCGACCAGUACUUUACUUUGCGCAACAUCAAGUCCUAUGCUGGAAUCACGUCCACGCGCCUGGAGUUGAUUGAAGACCGACUCAAGGAGGACGUUGCGUUCGAGCUCUCGAAUUACGACAGUCGGAUUCUCCUCCAUCGAGAAAUCAGCGACAGCAAAGUAACGGGUAUAUGGGAGGACUGCACCAUGGAGCAUGUUCUCACGAUCCGGGAAAUCAUGGGUCAACUCAACAAUGACGGCGCUCUCAAGAUAUCGUACUACCGCGUCCCGACUACGGCCGAGGCGCCGCCCGAUGAAGAAGACUUUGACACGCUGCUGGGGAUCCUUGCAGCUGCCAACUUGAAGAGCACGGCCAUUGUCCUAAACUGCCAAAUCGGAAUGGGUCGCUCAACCGUAGGAACAGUCCUGGUCUCGGUGUUGACGCAUUGGCUCAACGGAACGACUCCAGUGCCCAGUCCUCAGCAGCGGCCGCGACUCAACUAUCAGAUCAUCCACUCGCUCCUCCGUGUGAUUCGUAAUGGCCUUGAGUGCAAAGCGGUUGUCGAUAACAUCGUUGACAACUGCGGCGCAUGCCUGAACAUGCGCGAUUCAAUCGAAUCAUGGCGGCUCAAGGCCGAGAGCGCUGACAGCGAGGAGCAGCGCCGUCAGGCCGUGCGGAAGGGUCUGAACAACCUCAAGCGCUACUUCAUGAUGAUAGUCUUCCAGAGCUACCUGGACCAGCACUCGCCGGACAUGAAGGACCGGCUGGAGGGCUUCAGUCAGUGGCUUUCGCGGCAUCCAGAGUUCAAAACCAUGCGCGAAGAGCUUCAUAAUGCCGACGAGAAGUGCCUCAUGCCAGUCGAGAAACUCGAGCCCGGCGAUGGAAUUGCCUUGACCAAUGAGGUCAUGGAGGUCGUCAACCAGCGCAAUGGAAGCGUUCUGGCGCAACACACAAUCCUCAAGUACGACAUGUUCCCGGGUGCUCAGAAGCUGUCGCUGACUGAGCGCAUUGAAGGCGCCCCCAACUAUCGAAGAGUGCCCCUUUCUUCAUUUGAGACGUGGCGAGUCGGCCCGCUCAGUCAGCACUCGCUCUCGUCAAAGAGCUCGUCGCUCUUAGACUCCUCCUCAGAAGCCCAUCUGUUAUCGGACUAUCCCUCGGUGUAUGGCAUCGGCAUGCCUACCAAGGACGCCAUCCGCAGUGUGCUGGCCAAAGUUGGCGCCGGCCCCGAUGGCGAGCGGAGACUCCUUUGGACCAGUUUGCGUGAAGAACCCGUCAUCUAUGUGAACGGGCGUCCCUAUGUCUUGCGGCUGUUCCAGGACCCGCUCAAGAAUCUUGAGGCAACUGGAAUAGCGCGCGAGCGUGUCGAGAGAAUGGAAAUGCGCAUGAAAUUCGACAUCAUUAGUGAGCUUCGCAAGUACCAGGGCCGCCUGCUGCUUCAUGAAGAAGAGAUGCUCAAGGACGGACUCUCGAUUGUUCCUAUCUGGGAAAGCGUUCGCGAGGAAGAUGUCCAGACACCGCUGGAAAUCUACAAAUCAAUCCAGGAAGAAGGAUACCGCGUCGACUAUUUAAGAAUUCCGAUCACGGAUGAGCAGGCCCCGAUUCCGGAUGUUUUCAACCAACUGGUGGACCGCGUCCUGAAAGUCGACACGGCAUGCGACAAGAUGUUCAACUGUCAGAUGGGCCGAGGCAGAACAACCACGGGCAUGGUGAUUACAUGCAUCAUGGAAAUGGUGGUGGGCAAUCCCGCGCUGAUCGAAAGCCAGCAUACGCUCGAUGCAUCCGACGAGCCCGAGCUCUUGGCCGGAGAAGCGGACAACCGCACCCGGUACCAGAAGGGUGAAUAUCGGGUGAUUCUCCAGCUCAUCCAAGUGCUCCAGUAUGGCAAACUGGCCAAGAAGGUCACCGAUCAAGCCAUCGACACCUGCGAGCACCUCCAAAAUCUGCGCAUAGCCAUCUUCGAUUACAAGCUGCGGGUGGAGGCGAUCGAAGUCGGAACCAAGAAGCACUCGUCGCUGAUGAGUGUGGCGCUGAACUAUCUGAUUCGAUACUUUUAUCUGAUUGUGUUUGCGGACUAUUUACUCGAGGAAAUGUCGACCCACCAGUGGGGAAGUGCCUGGAGACGGCGCAUACGAUCCCACAAGGAGCCGACUGCACCGGAGCACGAGCACAGACCGCUCCAGCCCAAGAAAAUGUUUAGCGAAUGGCUCAAAGACCGACGGGAGAUUGCGAAUAUCGUGAGCCAGGCCAACCAAUCGCUCGACUGAUGAAAUGGCUGCCCCGCCAUCGAGUAGUUUGCCUGCCGACGCUGUCCCUUGGCGGGACGCAAUGGUAUCCGGGGUCAUUCGUCUCGAAUCAGUGUCCCCGUCUGUUUGGUGGAUGGAAUGUACCAGUCGAUGCCAGAGGUGGAGCACUUUGCUCCGUUUUGAGCAACCUGCAACGAAUGAGCUGCCCUCAAUCCGACCUGUUCUGGGCCAGAGCUGUCGUUAAUUUCUGGGCCUGAAUACACGCUUAUCCAUCGCCUUUCAUGACCAAACAGCAUGUCCAAGCAGACCGGGGCGGAGCGACUCGAGGAGAUCGAUGGUCU